AUAAUAGAAUUAGCUAUGGCCGAUAGAGGGCGAACGUCGUCAGCAAAGAAAAGAGUUACGGCUGCUCACGCAAAGACGUCUGGGAUUUUGGAGGACUGGCUCGAGCGCUUUGAUUUCCGCAGUGCAGCGUGGGAUAGUGGAAGAAGUCAGCGAAACAGUCAUUCAGAAAUGGAUGUGUUUUUAAUGAUCAGACGUCACAAGACAACCAUCUUUACAGAUGCUAAGGAGUCUACCACAGUCUAUGAGCUGAAGCGAAUUGUGGAGGGCAUCCUAAAGCGAGCACCAGAGGAUCAGAGGCUUUACAAGGAUGACAUGCUGCUAGAAGAUAGUAAGACUCUUGGAGACUGUGGAUUUACAAAUCAGACAGCCAGGCCUCAGGCUCCAGCCACAGUAGGACUGGCUUUUCGUAUCAAUGAUGAUGCUUUUGAGCCACUAAGAAUAGAGCCCUUCUCCAGCCCUCCUGAACUUCCUGAUGUUAUGAAGCCUCAGGACUCGGGCAGCACUGCCAAUGAACAAGCCGUGCAGUGAAGAAAGAACGGAUAAUAAAGGGUGGGGGGGUGGGGGUGGGGGGAAGCGGCAAGGGGUAAAGAGUUUCCAGAACAGCGGACAAGCAAAUGUGUUUUAAGAUGGUGGUGUCUAUUGAGUUCUAAAGGAUGGGGAAGCAUGAGUGAGAGUGAUCCUGUGUGAUAUUGUAACUUUGCUGAGAUUUUGAAUAUCGCUCUCCCUGUUACCCCUCACCUGCCAUCUAGCACUAGCAGCUUAACUCUCACUGAAUUGUCGCAAACCCUUCCGGCAUCAAGUCUUUGCUCAUCUACAGAUAAAUCUAUAGGCACAGGUCCCUUUUGAUUUGUUAAUGUGUUCCCCCUCAUUGCUGAAUGAAUCUGUCAGUCAACAGUCAUAGGUUAGACAUUAAAACCUGUGCUUCUUAUUUAAUUCACACAGAUGUUAUGUUUGGAGAGUUAAACGUUUUGUGCUUUUUGUGUGUUUUGAUCUGUUGGGGUUGGGGUGGGUUUGUGUUGGUGGUUGUAAGGUUUCACAAAUGCCCACUUUACUGAUUGCAUUUACAGUAUGCUGUUGUGUGCUAAUGAGUAUUGGUAUUAAAAUUGUUCUUAUUUCUUAUUCUAGAGUGCAAAGGCCACAAGCUUAACAGUUUUAUGUUACCAACUUUAGUGUAAAUGCACUUGGAACUUGCUGGAAAUCAGAAAGGGCACGGAUGCGGUCAGGUUAUACCUGUACAUUAAUAUACAGCACAUGAAUAUGAUGAAUUCUGAUAUACAGUGGUUUCAUUGUAAAUACAUUUUUCCACUUGCAUCAUUGCUUCUUAAAGUGUGUGUUGCUUUUCUUUACAGUUUUGUUAUCCGCGUCUGCUUGUACCUUUUUGAACUUUUGUUUGUAGUAUUGACAUGUUAUUCUCUGAUUUUGUAUUUAAAAUCAGAUCAGGGGAGUGUACAUGCUUGUCAGUUUUUUUUCUUUGUGUGAGGCAUUUUAAAAUGUGGAAAGUUUCAAGUAAAAAUCGAAUGAUCAGUAAGAUUUUGGGCAAAGUUGCUUAAGUGAAUGUUUAACUUUAACAAAAACGCUGACAUUGUGUUUAUCCCCCAAACAAAAGCUCAUGGUGUUUUUGCGAACACACUUUUAUCCUGCCGUGAUGGCAGUGUUCCUUCACGAUGCUCUCGUAAGAAAUGAGUUACAAAUUAAAAAUAAAAUCAUGCUGCAGUAUCUGUAACUGCAUUUCAAUGAAAAUUAAAAUCAGCCCUUUUCCACUCCUUG